AUAACUUUGCUGAAGUCCCUCCCUCUGAGUUUGUCUCGUCAGAGCUCAGUCACAGACCACUUGUAAACAGUGAGGCGGAUGAUCCGAUACUGACCGAUGAUCAAUGAAUUCCUCCAACCUGCAUUUCACUUUUCAUUCACCGUAGCAGGUGCUGGAGCUCUAACAGCUGUUACACGUCAAACCCUAAAAGAGAUAAGGUCGCUGGACACCUGUCUCAACACACUUUCCAAGUUAUAACAAAGGAGCCAUAAACCUUUAUAUGGCUCCUGGCUAAUAAGGUUUCAUCGACUUAUUAAAGAGGUGGUUGCUAAGAGAUGACAAUCAGUGACAUUGGUGAGAGCCUCUGAUGCAGAGCAGCCCGAAGCUCCACUUCUCCAGGAUCUCUUCCCUCCACACCUCUGUCUUUACCUGGCUCAUGUGAAGGACGCAGGAAACGCCUUUUCAUAUCAACAGACUCACAGAUACCAUGGCAGCUUUUACUGCUCCUUGUGUCACCACCAAUGCUGCGACCAGCACGGUGGCCCGAACUGAAUGGCAAAGGCAAGGAAGCGGAGAAGAGGCGGGUAAAAGUGAGAAUGGGGACGUGGGACAAAACACUAUCCUGGAGAAAACCCAUGAGUUCUUCCAGAUGUGUGACAUCGAGAACAAGGGCUUCAUCACCCGACGUGACAUGCAGAGGCUGAACGGCGGGCUCCCUCUCAGUGCGGAGGAGUUGGAGAACGUAUUUGAUGCCCUUGAUUCCGACGGCAAUGAAUACCUCACCCUCGACGAGUUCUCCUCCGGCUUUAGUGAGUUUUUAUUCGGCCAGAGGAUUUCUGUAGAGGAGAGCAUGGAUGAGAAAACCCAGUGUAAAACCCAGUCUGAGGUUCUGUAUGAAACCCAGUGGGAGGAGAACCUGACGAGAGGAGAUGAGGAUGAAGAGGAAGAACACUUUUGCAGGCUUAUGGAGAGCCUCGGAGCCAACAGUGUCUUUGAAGAUCCUGCUGAGGUGCGCAGUUUGUGGGCCCAGCUGCGUAGGGAUGAACCGCACCUUUUAUCCAAUUUUGAGGACUUCCUGGCCAGAGUGACUUCCCAGAUCAUAGAGGCCAACAUGGAGAAGAAGGAGAUGGAGAGCGUUCUCAAAAGGAAGGCAGCUACACAUGACAAUGAGAUCCAACGUCUUUAUGAGGAAAUGGAGCAGCAAAUAAAAAGUGAAAAAGACAGGAUUGUGCUGCAGGACUAUGAGCGAUUUCUUUCUCGCAGUCAAGACUUGGAGCUGCAGCUGUCCAGUAAGGAAAAGGAGCUGGAGCAGCUCUUUCAGAAACAGAGAAGGUUGGAGAAUCAGUGCGAUGAGCUUCACAGUGAACAACACGUGACCAAGGUGGAGAAUGUGAAGCUCAAGCAGACGAAUGAUGAGUUAGCACGGGAGCUGGAGCACACCAGCCAAGAGCUGAUUUUGGCACAGGAGCAGCUGAGUGUGCUCCAGGAGCAGUCCACACGUCUUCACGAGGAGAAGGAGAUGGAAAUAUACAGACUGACUGAAGGUCUGCAUCGAGAGCGAGCAAGCCUCCUCAAACAACUGGACCUUUUGAGGGAAAUGAACAAACAUUUACGGGAUGAAAAGGACGUGUGCUAUCAGGCACCAAAGAAAACAGCAGCUUUGAAGCAGAGGCCUUUAAUCAGUGUUGUGAAACACACAAAAACCUUUAAAAGUGAGGAUGAGGAGGAGAUGACUUCCAGCUCUGUGUUCCAGGACAGAGCGUCUCAGCCCUCUUGCACAACGCAGACAAGAGGGCACCUCCAGAGGAUCAUCUCCAUUGAGGAAGACCACCUCCCACACUUGUUACAGACUGACUGUCAGACCCAAACCCCACUCAAGGAGUGUAGAGAAGGAGAGGAAGCCUCAGAUAAUGAAGACGAUAUAGACUUGGUAAUGAGCGAUAUUUACCCAUGUGCGUCCUCUGCCCAGCAGCAAAACUCGAAGGGAACUGUGGAUAAAAGGAAAACCCCGACAUCUCCGAGGGGUCAGCCUGUUGGCAAGGAGACCAGCAUAAAUGAGGAAGGCGGUGUCUCACCACCAGACCGCCUCUUCAAGAUCGUCCUAGUGGGGAACUCUAGUGUGGGAAAGACCUCCCUCCUUCGACGAUUUUGUGAUGACUGCUUCCACCCUGGCACCUCUGCCACUGUGGGUAUAGAUUACAGCGUUAAGACAAUAACUGUGGACAGCAGCCAGGUGGCACUGCAGAUGUGGGAUACAGCAGGACAAGAGAGGUACCGAAGCAUCACCAAACAAUUCUUUCGCAAGGCCGACGGCGUGGUUGUGAUGUAUGACAUCACAACAGAGCCGAGCUUCACAGCUGUCAGACAAUGGCUGACAAGUGUAAAGGAGAGUGCAGGCGAUGACAUUCCCAUCAUGCUUUUGGGAAACAAAACAGACAAGGAGAUGGAGAGACAAGUUCAAAAAAGAGUGGGCGAAAGACUAGCUAAGGAGUGCCAAAUGACUUUCUACGAAUGCAGUGCAUGCUCCGGACACAAUGUGGCGGAGUCCAUGGUUCAUUUAGCGAGAAUUCUGAAAGAGCAAGAGGACAGAGAGAAGGAGAAGACGGUCCAGCUGGUCGGCAGCCCCUCAGAUAAGAAGAGAUCCUGCUGCUAACAGCUAAACACGCCACACAUACACCGUAGCACUACCCUUUACUAACAUACACAAUGUGAUAAUGUGACCACAUGUGCCACAGAGGACACAUUAUUAUGUUUUCUGUUUCUUACACAGUCUUCCUUCCACUUUGUAGCACUCUGGGUAAAUGGAAAUGCUAUAUGUUGUUAUUGUACUAUUGUUUUCAACUUUUACAACUGAACAAAUUUAAGUCAAACUGAGUCCCUGAGCUAAACUAAAACAUUUUUCAUAUUUAAACGUCUAACUAGCUGUCAAAUAUUUAUUUAGUUUCCAAACUCCCUUGUGGGUUUUUAAUGUAAUAAUAUAUUAUUAAUGUAUGAUAUAUUAACUCAGUGUUAUGUGUGAUUUAUGUUUUUAGCUGUUUUGCUUCUUCAUCUUUUGUAUACAUACAUGUAUACAGUACAUUGACACAAUAAGAUGAACAACUGUAAAAUUAAAUUCAUUAUCAAACAACCUUGCAGUAAACACUACCUUAGUGACGCUUUUGGUGUUCAGUUUUUGUAGAGACUCUGUCAGAGGGGUGUUGAUUUAAAGGUCCAGAGUGUGAUUAUUUAAAAAAUCUAGAUUAUCAGGUUUAUGUAGUUUUAUGUACACACGCCACGGGUCCUCUUUCACAGAAUCCACCAUGUUUUUGUGUAUUUCAUGGCCACGGUAGGAAGGAUAGGCCGAGGUGAGGGGGUUGUAAUCUGAAAUUACACCACUAAAUGCAUUUACACUGGUCCUUUUAACUACAAGAUUUAUUGUGGUGUUAUGUAGCAUUGCAGGAGACAUUACAGUAGUAAUGCUGUGUUUUGUCCACCUAAUAAACAAAAACUGAGCAUUAUUAGCCAAAAUGUAGCAUUUGUUGCAGGGCUGUCAUAUUUAAUUGUAUCUCAUUUUACAGGUGUUUGUUAUUUUUGUCUUCUGUACAUUAUGAAUGGGAAUUCUGUGUUUUGUUGUUACAGUACUGAAGGUUGUUAGGCGACCUGUGCAUUUUGUUGGGAGGUUUUUCUGUAAUUUUAAAAGAUGGAAAAUAAUACAGACCAUUAGUUUUUUCUCAAUGAACCAAAUGAAGUUUAGAGCAGCAAAUAUUUAUUUCAUAUCUCCUGAAACUGUCUCUGUGCCAACUAAUUUAUGAGAAGUUUUCACUUCUGUAGAUUACAGUUUUGGUAAAAAUCCAAAUUUUACUGUUUUGCACUAUAGUAAAUAGUGCUUCACUACUUUAAGUGUCUUGCACAUCACUUUAAUGUGUAUAUGAAUAUGUAUAAUAGUAUAAAACAAACAGAAUAAAGAGUUGUUCAUGUUAAUACCAUUUGUAAGAUCAUUUCCUCCUGGUACAAUAGCAUUAAAAUAAGUUAUACAGCAUCACCCAGUGGAUGAGUUUGGACAUUGCUGUUUAUUCAGUUUUGAAGUUGACAUGACAAUCUGUGAAACAACAAAUCCAAUAUAUAUAUAUAUUUUUUUUUUCAUAAGAGAGUAAUACAUGUGUAACUAACAUGCCAAUUUUUUAGAAUUUGUAAAUGACUUAUAAACUAUAUGGCAAACUAGGUUUGUGUUUCAUUUGAGCAGCCAAAUAUUCAUCCGAGUGCAUUUUCUGUAAUAAUAUGUGUGUUAUUGUAAAUGAAUAAGAUGACUUAUUAUGUUUAACUGAUUGUAAGCAUUAUUGACUCAUAACAUUGUAUUGCUUAUUAGUACCAGUCAGCGCUCUGUAAAAUACACAGGAUCAGGACACUGUGUGCAUUUAGGCUGCACUUGCAUGCUUUUUAAAUGAUCUAGUUUUCCUCCAUUUCUCCAAAGUGCUCAUACUGUACAUUUUGGUUACAGCACUACGAAGAUUCAAUAGGGUCUCUACACAAUAUAUCAUACGAGGGAAUUGAGGCUGGUUCUUUGCUGAAUCACGAUAUCAGAGGAGACGCAAUUACAGUCUGGGAAGGAUAAUGUAUCACCAAAUGUUUUUUUCUUCUUCUUCUUUGAGACUAAUACUAGGAAAACUAAUGUGAGGUCUUUAUAUAAUAAUCUUUUCCCAGAACCACAUCUUGACUGAAGAAAGCUCUUCAGUUGGCACCUUGGCAAUGACCUUAGUAAGAGCACAGGUGAGGUGGAUUAUUUUCAUCAGCUUGAAUAACUGUGUAACUGUGCGCAGUGCAGGUUCUUUUAGUCUGAGAUACAGUCUGUAAACUCUAGUAUCACACCAUGUGAUAGUACUUGUAUGCAUGCUACAAAAAAAA